CCUGUGAAGCGCAUGGGCCACGGUGUGAGCGAGUCCCCCUCCCAUCCUCCGCUCACUGCGAAGUGCCUCUGUUCUCCUGCGCUUUCACUCAUGACGUAUUUACUGACAGCACUGUGAGAGUUUUCACACGAGUCCUCCAGCAGCUCGGUAAUGCGCCUCUGGUCAGAUAAACCGCCUUUUCGCCUCAGAGACUGCGCCUUACCUGUCCUCGCCUCCUCAGUUAAGCAGAAAUCCCGGGCCGUUUGGAGUGCGCAACGCGCGCGCCUUUCCAAGAGACUUUCGUUUGCCCCACUAUAAGGACUAGUGAGUGUGCGCUAUGGGAACAAUGUGUGUCCGAGAGCUGGUGCUCUGGUCUCUUCUUGCGUGCUUGGCUUGGUUGAGCGUUGGUCUCGUCGGCGCAGAUGGCCGGGUCUUCCUGCUAGAGUUGAGAAAUGGUUCAGAUAUAGGCUUUGAGGCAGCUUCAAGUGCAUGUGGUGAUCAAGGUGCUCGGAUGGCAUCAGCAAUGGAGCUUCGCCAUGCUGUCGUUGAGUGUGCAUUUUCUGCCUGUGCACGUGGUUGGCUUACUGGUCCCAGCAUUGGGACAACAGUGUGCAGGAGCAUCUCUGGAAGCUUACGGGCAGUAGACAUGCAGGUGGAGAAUGUGACUGAGAUGUAUGAGAGUCUGGCUGUGUUCUGUGUGAAAGACACUGGGGCUCCUUGUGGAGGACCACCCUUAUUUCCCAAUACACGUCUGCAGGGACAGACCGGCCUGGAGCUGGGUGAUGAGCUUCUGUAUGCUUGCAACCCAGGAUACAUUCUGCCCAAUGGAGAGACAGCUUUUAGCCUGUUGUGUGACAGCUGUGGAGAGUGGUAUGGUCUGGUGCAGCUCUGUGUAAAAGAUAAAGCCGAGGCCUUUAUUGACUACGAAGACAAGCUCCCAGAUGACCAUAAUCUCUAUGAUGGCAUAGAGGAGGUGCAUCAUGUGAGUAUGAUGCCUAGACCUACUGAUCAUGGAGAGGAGGAAGAGUCUACACCUGAACCAGACCAUUUAGAGCCAGUCAUGGUAGUGGAAGCAAAGGAUAAGAUUGAGAAAAACUCUGCCGUGUCUGUAACAGAGCCUCCAGUAUCUCAACUCAGCCAGAAACACAUGUUCUGGUUCCCCUCAGAGGCUUUCCAGGAAGAGGAGCAUCCUCUCGUCACCACAGGAACACCUAUUAAAGACCGUACCCAAGAUGAGAAUUACAUCUCAGUCAAGACCGGUGAAGACCAGUCAGAGCCUGAGAUAACUACAGAGGAUCAUGAUGGGUAUAUGUCCCAGCCUCCAACUGACAAACCUGCCACUCACAGUAUAGGCAGCACAGUGGAGUCAUGGCUUGAUGGAUAUCCUGUUCCCCAGGAAGAGGAGAGAGCAGGUGGAGGGUCUACCGAGGAGACAGUACCAGGGCAGGGGGUGGACAUGGAGACUGCGACAGGCAGUUUAAAGGUGGAAGAUUUUAAAAGUGUGACUAACAUACCAAAAGAGGCAGGUCUGGGAGGUGGUGUCCACAGCUACCAAGAGGAACCAACUGAAGGUGUGUCUGAGAUGCCGGAGGAGCAAGAGUUUAGUAAAGUGAUUAAUCAUCAGGAUGUGGGGGUUAAGAAUGUAAGUGAAAGAGUGGGAGAAAAGAGUUAUGGGGAAGUGUUUUACAACCAAGAGGAAGAGUUUCAUGGUGUGACUGGCAUGCCUCAUCCAGAGGUUUCUGAUGUAGUGCCUAUUCUUUCAGAAGAAAGAUAUUUUGUUACAGAGGCACCAACAGUGAAGGAGGUGGAAGGAGAAGCCAAGAGACCAGUGGAAGUGGAACAUGAGAAAGUGGAUGAUGGCUCUAAAGAUGCACAAUUUCCUGGUAUAAUUGACAGUGCAAAUGAUGUUGAAUUGAGCCCUACACCUUUAAUCAGCCACACUCAGAUCACAGCUGGCACUCCCAGCACCGCUCCUGAGAAUGUCAGCACCAGCCAAGAGGCGAUGGGUUUCGGACACACUACCACGCCUUUAGGAAUGGCACCAAAAGAAACCACACCUGCUUCACCAGUCCAUGUCAUUAGCAAUGUGGCCACAGCCACAGUGAGUGUCACUUGGGAAACCAAAGAUCUUGGCCAUUUUGUGGAUCAGACUCCCACUGUUGAUGAUGAUGUACUUGUAGAAACCCAUGAAAAUCAGAGUGUGAUCGAAGGAGAUGUGGACCGUAGCCUGGAUCAGCCAGAAGACAAUGGAUCUUGUACUGUACACCCUUGCCACUUAGCUGGCCAUGGGCCAACUAUUGCUGCUAUCAUUGUUGGCAUUGUAGCAGCAAUUGUGGGUGUGGCCUUGGGUAUAUGGUGUUACAAAAGAAGGCAACAGAAGACCUCACACUAUCAGCUGAAUGGAACUAACAGACAAACACAAUGCAUCGAACUCCAGCAGACUGUGUAACCUAACACGUGUGUCCAUACACAAACAUCAUAUAUGUGU